AUGGCAACAAUUACACUAUCUGGUCCAAGGCUGCAAAAACGACCUUGUAGUCGAGGCCUGUGGACACACAUCAAACUUCUACCUCCCAAAACUGUUACAGCUGAAGAUGGGACCAUUACUAUCGUGGAAAAAUCGGAGGAAGAAAAGAGCUCAUGGUUUCAGGAGGACCAACUUGUGCUCUCUCUUAUCCAUAGCUCGCUCGAAGCCUCGGUUCUCUCCACCUAUAUUCACAAGGACACACCAAAAGAUCUGUGGGACACAUUGGAAGGGAUUUACGGUAACCUUUCCAACUCAAGCCGUAUUUAUGAGUUCAAGAAAUCUCUUCAUACAAUCACUCAAAGGGGACAACCAUUCAACAAGCUUCUCGGUGAACUUAGUGCGCUUUGGGCGGAGCUAGACGAACUCAGACCCGUAUCUACCGACUCCAAAAUCAUUGCACAACGGAAUGAGCAAGACAAAGUCUAUACUCUUCUUCUUUCUCUGGAUGGUACGUAUGGUGAUCUGAUUCACCAUGUUCUACGCCAAACAGAGCUCCCCUCUCUCAACGAGGUUUGUAUGAACAUCAAACGUGAAGAAGGAGGAAGGAACUUGUUUCAAGGUACCACUGAACUUGCUCAUUUUCGAAAGUUCCAACCCUCAUCACGGGAUAAGAAAACUCCGUUUUGUGAGCACUGUAAAAAGUCAGAACAUUUCAAAGAUAAGUGCUGGAUUCUCCAUCCGCACCUUCGUCCUCAAAAAUUUCGUGAUCAGGGUCCUUCUAGCCGACAUUCAGCCCUGACUACCUCUACCACUGAGUUAUUCUCAGAAGCUGAGUACAAAACUCUCAAGCAACUGAUUCAAUCCGCCACCGAAUCUGGUAUUGUAUCGAGUACUCAGCCUUCACCCUCUUCCUCUGUUAUUAUUGACUCUGGAGCUACUAAUCACAUGUUUUAUGAUGUUAAUAUGUUUGAUAAGUUAGAAAAGAGGUAUGGGACAGUUUCGGUGGCUAAUGGGAUCAAUUCCACGAUUCAAGGCCAAGGAAUUGUUCGACUUUUUGAAAAGGAUAUAAAUGCACUAUAUGUUCUUGAUUUCAAAAUUAAUCUUUUGUCCAUUCCAAAACUUACUUCUGAUUUAGAUUGCAAAGCUAUUUUUGAUGCUAACGAAGUAUUGUUUGAGGAUACUAAGACGGGAGCGGUAUUUGGUAAAUGA